CAGAGCAGCCUAGUGUGGUAGGCAGUAUAGAAGGUAAAGGAAAGUGUAAGUAACAGGUCUACAUCAGUUUAACAUCGGCUAUCGACAAUCAAACAUGGAGUACUACUUUAACUCCGCCAUUUUCAUUUUCGUAAUGCUGACAGUAGUCCCUGUCGUAUAUUCUUCGUCGGAUGUUGACAAAGGCACCCAGUUCGUGUACAGCGUCGGCGACCCACAAAGGUGUCUCCAGAGAAGUUUGAACAAAAACAUCAUGCGAUACGAGGUACUACCGGGAGGAGGAUGGGACAACUUACGAAACAAACAUGGCGGCCAAGUGAUCAAUUAUAACUACAGCCUUUGUGAAACUACAGACGACGGCCGUUACUUGUUACCAGACGGAAUCUAUUCCGUGCCAUUAAAGCAGAGUAAACUGGAAACGUUCGCCGAGUUGUUUUCACAUUGGCAGAACUACACCUCAACGACAUCGAGCACAGUCAAUGCUGAAGCUGGUUUCCAUAUUGGACAUUUUGGUAUUGGAGGAUCCUUCUCGCACGAGUCCGAAAGCGUUCGGUCCAAACAGUUGCUGGACAAGUCAGUGACAACUCGGGUUCAGAUGAGGUAUGUUCGAUAUUCUGCCAAAUUACAACCGGACACACCCUUGAAUCCGAAAUUCAAAGCGAGGCUUUUGAAGGUAGCAACACUGAUAGUGAAAAACCAGACGAACAUGGCUCGUUACGAGAGUCAGCUUUUGAUCAGGGACUUUGGCACUCACAUCAUCACCAGUGUAGACGCCGGGGCAGCACUUGUCCAGCAGGAUCAGAUCAAAACCACAUAUGCGCGUUCUUAUAGCAUGGACAAGAGUAAAGUACUGGCUUCUGCAAGUGCUUCAUUCUGCGGUGUAUUUAACAUCGGCGGAAGCUACGAACACUCAACGUCGAAGGAAAUGAUUGACCAGUAUCUUGGUAAUAGAACACAUUCCGAAACGGAAACAAUUGGUGGAUCAGUGUUCCAGCCGCAGAACUUCAGUCUUAAUGAUUGGGCUGAUAGCAUCGCAGAAAAUUUAGUGGCAGUAGAUCAAGCUGGAGAUCCAUUGUAUUUCAUCAUCACACCUAUGGCUCUACCGGAGCUGCCAUCGUCCGUUGUCUACGAACUUAUCCAACAUGUGAGAGACGCCAUCAAUCUUUAUUACAAACAUAACGUUUACAAGGGAUGUACCGAUGCUGAUUCUCCGAAUUUCAGUUACCAGGCGAACGUCGAUGACGGAACAUGUCGCAGUCUCUCAAAUAACUAUACGUUUGGUGGGGUAUAUCAGACUUGUACAAUGUCAGGAAAUGUGAAGUCUGACACUUGUAGUGAACUCGACCAAAAGAAUCCUCUGACAGGUGAAUAUUCAUGUCCUCCGAAUUACGAAGAAGUCGAGAUUGACGUAGGAAGUAAGAAAACGCCAAAUAAUGUACGCCGUUGCCACAGCUGUGGGUUUCUGGGUUUUUCAACAUGUUGUGGUGAUUACGCAUCAUCUCAAACAGCGUCCUACAAAGGAUAUUGGUGUUAUGCUACAGGAAAUGUUCAAGCCGGCUCUGGUUAUCUCUUUGGUGGAGUUUUCACAAACACCGUUGGAAAUCCGCUGACAGGUAGCCGAUCCUGUCCCCCGUAUUUCUACGCCUUGAAGCUUAGUAGCAGUCUGCGUGUUUGCGUCAGUGAUGAUUACGAACUUGGCUUCCGUUACUCUGUACCUUUUGCUGGAUUCUUCAGUUGUAAAACUGGCAAUCCCUUGAAGUUGAUGUCAGAUAAAGAAAACAAACACAAACGAAGUACAAAUGACAUGCUCGUUUUAGAAACAUUCCUGAAAAGCUCUGGACCUUCUCAUUGGCCAAGAGGUUGUCCGACCGGUUACAGCGAGCAUCUUGCUCUUGUUGCCAACGGAUGUGAAAUUUCCUACUGCAUUCAGGCAAACGCUUUGAGGGUCCAGGGUCUGCCGACUAUCAUACGACCUCCGUUUAUGGAGAUUCCUUUCAAUGGAUUUUCGGAUAAUUCCAGUUUCAUGAUAAGUAAUGAGGGUAUGGUAUGGGAAGAUAUUGAAGAAACUGCUGAUAUCGGCAACGAUAACUUUCAACAAGCAGCCAAGCACAAUGCUAAUAGUGAUACAACAACAGAUGGCAAUGGUUUGUCAGGAGGCGCAGUAGCCGUCAUCGCAAUAGUCGCUACUAUCGCGUCCAUGAUGUUGGUGUUAGUUGUGGGUAAAAUUAUCCGGAACAAAUACCGUCCUACCGAAUAUCGCCGUCAGCGGUCGGACCAUCUCAUCCCAAACCAACAUGUUGGGUAUGGCUCCUCAAACUCUCAAACCGAAGUACAAAUUGAAUCUUGAGGUAACUGAAUUGCGGCAAAGGACACUUCGGCAUCGAUUAAGGGUAAAUAAUCCCACUUUCGUAUAAUUCUUAGCAUGAAAGUUUAAUCAAAGGAUUUGCUAUUUCACAAUAGCAUGGUUUUAUUCAAAGAUUGUCAACUUAUAAUCAGUGAAUCCCAUCGUAAUGUUUUGUUGGAUGCUGAACAGAUAUAAUCAGACUGAUGGAUUGUAUAUAAAUCUAUAUUUAGUAACGUGACAUUGACUGUGUAAAAUGAUUAUUUUCUGAUAUACAAUAACGGUUUGUCAUAUGCAUGUUCACCUCAACAAAUGAAGUUUCAUUAUUCACAAAUAGUGCACCAUAAGAAUGAUCGAUAUAUAUUUCUUCUAAGUUUUGUGCCUUUUGGAUGUUCAAUCUGUAACAUAUCUAAAAAUUAAAUUUAGAUUUUUUUAUAGCAAAAGAAACCCCUAUUUCUGCUAGCGUAAGUGAGUGUAGGCUUAUAUUUAUGAAAUCCAUUUUCACCCUUGUAGGUGAACAAUACAUCUCGUUAGAAAAUUAUCAAUAAAAUAGUGUUUUAAUAAUCAUUUGCAAAAUUUAAUUACCAAUAAAUGUAUAUAUAUUAUAUCUCAUGCUGUUUUUCCAGGUUUAUGUGUGAUUUUGAUCAAUUAUUUUGUAAAUUCUAUCAUCUCACUCUUUCAACUGAAACAUGUAAAUUUUAUAGUAUUUUAAAUGCCAUAUUGAGGUAUGGAUGACAUAUAAAUACAGAUUUGUUUUUUGAAAAUAACAUUGUAUUAUUCAUUGGAGCGAUUGAGGAAGCCGCUUCAUUACACUUAAACAAGCAGCGAGUGUGUGCCUGUCUGACGUUAGUGGCUAUUUUUAGAGUGUGGACAUUUGGAGGGUUGUUGAAUGAUUGUGGUAUUAUUUUGUAAAUAUAAAUGAUUGAGAGUUAUUGUAAUGUAGUUUUGGGAUACAAGUCUUUAUCUAGAUCUUGAUUUCAUUCUAAACAAACAAAAAAUGUUAGCGAGGAAGAAUCUUUUUCAAUCUGGCGUUAUAUCGCUGGGCCGCUUUGAAGCAGUGCCGGAUAUGGAUAUUGAUUUGUGUAGAUAAGGUAAAUUUAACUGACAGUCCGUUGCAGCUUUUGAUAAAUGCCUAUAUGUGUUAAACAGCAUUUACGCGUUGGUAUUUUGAAUAUUAUUUUGUAUUUUUUUCUAUAUAGAUAGCGGCUUGUACAUAUUGAUUAUUACCAUUUCUAUUGUAGUAUUUGUACAUAGUAAUUUAGAAUUCGUCUCUGUACUUAAAUUUUUAUCAUUUUUUUUCGGAAUAGAUCACAAGUUGGUAUUGAGGAACCUUUAACAAAGAGGAUAUGAUUUUCAAUCAAAUAAAGCCCGACUUUGAGAUGGAGGUCUAUUUUUUCCAUUUUUGUUUGUUUGCAUUUUUAUAUAGUACUCUAACACAAGUUGAGUCAAGGUGCGUGUUUUUUUACUGCUGAAGUUAUUAGACAAUUAAUAUACUGUAAUUAUAAUGGAAGUAAGGAUUUUUGAUAGGCUGUUCUCGGAAUCAUGAUAUAUUUCUUGGUAUCUAAGAUGAUUUAAGAUUACGGAACCGUGAAUUCUGUUGAAUAGCAUUUCAAAUAAUUGAACGAGUUUAAUCCAUUUUAUUUGACAUGGCCACUUAUUUCAUUCUUAGGAAGAUAUAAUUGACAGGAUUUUUCCAAUUAUAAGCUAUAAACCCUCGAUAGUGUAUCCGAUAUACACCAGUCCCAGUUGUACUUUAAUAUUACAAUUAGACAUGGCUACCGAGGUUAAUGUAUAUAUAUGCUUCAUUAACAUUGUUUAGGCUUUAUGAAAUAAAACUUUCAGUAAACUA